GCCGCGUCCUGCAGCGUGUGCGCCUGGGACCUCUGGUUUACUGAUGAGCCUGAGACGGGGCCGGUUCGGAGUCAGGCUCAGCUAGCAGAGAGUGGAUGUUUCACUGCUGGUGUUCGGGUCCUGAGCACCCCUCCACUAUUUGGACCAAAAAAAGCACAAGGAGAUGAAGAUGGACCAGGCUUUGCUCCUCAUCCAUAAUGAGCUGCUGGGAACAAACCUGACUGUCUACUGGAAAUCCGAGCUCUGUUACCAGUGCUUGUUUCAGUUUCUGGCAAAUGUUUCUGCGAGUGAAGAUCUUGGGAGACCAAAUAUUGCAGCAGUCUCUGUCAACACCCAGCAUGGGUCCAUCCUGCAAGUUAAUGAUCCCUCAGAAGAGAGAGGAGUUUGUAGGCUGGAAUACAAAUUUGGAGAAUUUGGAAAUUAUUCUCUUUUCGUACAGCGUACCUACAAUGAAACUGCCUGUGACAUACUUGUUAAUGAGAAUCCAGUUGACAGUAACCUUCCUGUGAGUAUUGCAUUCCUUGUUGGCCUAGCGCUCAUCCUUGCAGUAUUCUUCUUAAGGCUCUUGCUGAGAUUUGAUGAAUUUAAUGAUUGGAUUUCUAAAGCAAUAAAUUUUCAAGAAACUGAUCGCCUUAUCAAUUCUGAGCUGGGAUCCCCCAGCAGAGAAGACCCUCUCAGUGCUGGCUGCCAACCAGAGACACGACGCCCAUCUGCCAUGUCACACCGUCUCCGUUGCGUGGACACGUUUCGGGGGAUAGCACUCAUCAUCAUGGUCUUUGUUAAUUAUGGAGGUGGGAAAUACUGGUACUUCAAACAUUCAAGUUGGAAUGGACUGACGGUGGCUGACCUUGUGUUCCCAUGGUUUGUAUUUAUUAUGGGAUCUUCAAUUUUUCUAUCAAUGACCUCUAUUCUACAACAAGGGUGUUCAAAAUUCAAAUUGCUGAGGAAAAUUGCAUGGAGAAGUUUCCUGUUAAUUUGUAUAGGAAUUGUCGUUGUGAACCCCAAUUAUUGCCUCGGUCCAUUGUCAUGGGAUAAAGUGCGAAUUCCUGGUGUUCUUCAGCGGUUGGGAGUGACAUACUUUGUGGUGGCGGCAUUGGAACUCCUCUUUGCAAAACCUGUGCCUGAAAAUUAUGCCUUGGACACAUGCUGCCCUUCUCUUCGAGAUAUAACUUUCAGCUGGCCACAGUGGCUCCUCAUUUUGAUGCUGGAGAGCAUUUGGUUGACUUUAACAUUCUUCUUACCUGUCCCUGGAUGCCCCACUGGCUACCUUGGCCCUGGUGGUAUUGGAGACUUUGGGAAAUAUCCACGCUGCACUGGAGGAGCUGCUGGCUACAUUGACCGCCUGCUUCUGGGAGAUGACCACCUGUACCAGCACCCAUCCUCCGCUGUGCUCUAUCUCACUCAGGUGGCCUAUGAUCCAGAAGGACUCUUAGGGACCAUCAACUCCAUUGUGAUGGCAUUUUUAGGAGUUCAGGCAGGAAAAAUACUGUUGUAUUACAAGGGUCAGACCAAAGAUAUCCUGACUAGAUUCGCUGCCUGGUGCUGUGUUCUGGGGCUUAUUUCUAUUGCUUUGACGAAAGUUUCUACAAAUGAAGGCUUCAUCCCAAUAAACAAAAACCUCUGGUCCCUUUCCUAUGUCACCACGCUCAGCUCUUUUGCCUUCUUCAUCAUGCUGAUCUUGUAUCCAGUUGUUGAUGUGAGGGGACUGUGGACAGGAGCCCCAUUCUUUUAUCCAGGGAUGAAUUCCAUUUUGGUGUAUGUUGGUCACGAAGUGUUUGAGAACUACUUCCCCUUCCAGUGGAAGCUGGAGGAUAACCAGUCACACAAAGAACAUCUGGUUCAGAACAUAGUUGCCACAGCUCUCUGGGUGUUUAUUGCCUAUGUUCUCUAUAAAAAGAAGAUUUUUUGGAAAAUCUGAUAGCACCUGCAGAAAUGUAUUGCUGGAAGAUUCUAAUGGCCUGAAACUCUUAGUAAUGAGCAUUGUCACCUAUAAAGCUGACAGGAUAUGUAUUUCUAGAUAAUCGGGGAAGAUGCUUAUUGCAAGGCUGCCCUGCUGAUACAUCAGUACUCUGCCUGUAGACUUGUGACCCAUGUGUAUUUGAAAUAUCAUGGUCCUUUUCUCCAUUUUCUGUGAAAUGGACAAAUUUUUGAAACGUUUAUGGAAAUUUCUAUUAACUUUCCAAAGGAGAUUUACCGUGGGCAUUUUGCCUUUGUGAUGUAUGCAAGAAGCUAAGGUUGGGGGGUCGAGAAUGUGACUCAAGGUUAAGUACUUGUUUGUAGUGCCCUGAGUUUGAUCACUGGCACUGUAAACAAACAAACAACACAAGAAAAGACCUAAGUCUGAUUCUUAUUUUCUUAUUUCCUGAAGCUUUCUUUUCUUUUUUUUUUUUUU